UUUGUCCUGCACCACCCCCUCCCCAUCCCAGGUGCUCUGACAGCCUCUGCAUCACGGUGCGAACAGACGACAAGUGCUGAAAGGGUUUGUGUUCUCGCCACAGAAGAGCAGCCAGAGCGCUUGGUUUACUGCGUGGCUGGCAGGGCCCUCUGGGCCUCGCCAUGCCUGUGCUGAGGCCCGGGACCGUCUGCACGGGUGUCCUUGGAAGGGCCCUGCCAGUGCUCCUGGACACCAGGCCUCUCUGCACCCACCCAGUGCCCGCAUCCAGGUCCCUGCCCGCCUGCCCCACUGCAGUGGGAGCCCGGCCCCUCCUGCCCUCCAGGGCUGGUCUGGGCCCUGAGAGCACACGCCUGCCCAGGGAUCCUUCGGGGUGCUGCAGACCGAGGACCCGGCAAGCGCCAGCAGGAGCUCUUCUGACCCAGGCUCUCUUCUCAUGCACAUGCAGCCAGCCCGAGUUCCGAGCUGUGCCCACUCUCUGGAGCUUAGGUCCUUUGCUGGAAGGUGCUGGCGGGUGUUGGAAAUCUUCCUUACGAUAUUUAAGACGUGUGGACUUGGAAGAACAAAGCGAAAAGCACCCACAUAGAUGUCUCCGGGGCUGCCUCCCCACCUGCCAGCCCGUGCUCUCUUCACCUCGCUGAGCUUCUGGAAGACAGGGUCCUGGCUUCCCAUGCUGCCUCGUCGCCUGCCCAGGUGCGUGUGGCACCCAUGGCGCUGGGGAGCGGACCAGGGGCUGCAGCCGCCCUGUCACACUCUCAGAAGCCGAAUGCCCGCAUCCGUGUGGAGGUUCAAACCGGCAGCCGCUCCUGGACCAGGACGUUUCUCAGUGACUCAGCAGGUUCGUGUGCCUGCCCCGUCUGCGUGUGCCCUGGGCUCGGACAGUUGUGAAUCACCCGCUUGCCUCUUGAUUUGCGUCAAUCAAACCACAUGUGAAGAAAGCAGCUGCGAGCGAGGCUUUGCUGGCAGCUGGGCAUCCAGCGUGGGGACACUGGCCAGGGACGGCCUCAGGGGGCCGCCCGCCCCGGCCCUGUGGUCACCCCCCCCCCCGCCCCCCCCCGGCCCCUUCCCCGCAGUGGUGAUCGGGCUCUCUCUGCUCUUUGCUGGUUUCCUCCUGGUGAUCCUGCGGCCGCGGGAGAGGGUCACGCUUCCGAGAAUGUUGACAGUUCCAGGGAGAGCCACGGCCUCUUCUUUGUCACAGAAUGAUUUUAGCACGCGGCUCUUUGAAAAGAUUCCUCGUAAGAAAGGCUUAAUUGAAAAGAGCUGUUUUAUGUAUAACUGGAUCACUUUGCUGUAUACCUAACGUGCCAUAGUAAAUCAACUCUAC